CUACAAAUGUCCUGUAUCUCUUUGACCCUCUCUUCUUUUGAUCUCUGAAUUCUCUUUCCUUUCCUUUUUUUCCUUCUAAUCUGUCUGAUAUCAAAUCUUUCCUUGUGCUUGAGAAUGGAAGAAACUGCUUGGAAAGCUGUUUUAGCAGUUGGAAAGUGCUUAAGUGCUCCGAUUGGGCGUCAGUUUAUGUACUUGUACAACUACAAAACCAACUUUCACAAUCUUGAAAAAGAAGCUGGAAAGCUGAAGGAUGCAAGAGAUGAGGUGAAGGCUAAGGUUGUUGCCGCUGAAAAUAAUGUGGAAAAGAUCAAACAGAAUGUUAAGGACUGGCAGGGGGAUGUGGAUUCCGCCAUCGAAGAAACGGACAAGCUGAUUCAAGAGAAAUCAAACAGCAGUUGUUUCAACUUGAUCACUCGCUACAAAAAUGGCAGGAAAGCAUGGAAAAAGCUGAACGCUGUAACUGAACUUCUUCAGGAAAAAGAAACAUUUGCUGAAGUUUCUCUUCCCACCUCUCAUGAAGUCAUUCGGCUCACUAACAAAGAUUAUGAGGAAUUUGAAUCAAGAAGGUCAAUUUUCAAUGAUGUGCUGAAGGCAUUAGACGAUCCUGAGGUGGGAAUUAUUGGGGUUUAUGGGAUGGGUGGAAUUGGUAAAACCACAUUGGUCAAAGAAGUUGGUCAUCAAGCAAAGAAAAAUCAGAUCAUGGAUGAGGUGGUUUUCGUAGAGGUAUCUGAUAAACCAGAUACUAAAAAGAUUCAAGAUGAACUUGCGCAGCAGUUAGGUUUGGAAUUUAAGAAGGAGGCUGAACGAGCGAGCAAGUUGUAUGCGAGACUGAAGAAUGACAAGAAAGUGCUUGUAAUUUUAGAUAAUAUAUGGGAACAAUUAGAUUUGGAGGCUCUCGGUAUUCCUUGCGGAGAUGACCGUGGAGGAUGUAAAUUAUUGCUGACAGCAAGAGAUCUUAAUGUAUUAUGGAGUAUGGAUUCUAAGAAUAAUUUCUCGAUGGGUGUCUUAAAGGAAGAAGAAGCUUGGAGCUUAUUCAAGAAGAUGGCAGGUGAUGUGGUUGAUCAAACAAAUAGGUUGAAUUCUCUGCCAAAUGAUGUAUGCAACGAAUGUUGGGGUUUGCCAAUUGUCAUUACUACCAUAGCAAAAGCAUUAAGAAACAAGAGACAUCAAUCUCAAUGGAAAGAAGCCUUGCGAGAACUAAAAAUGCCUUCUCCAAUGAAGUUUGCAAGCUUGCUAGAAAAGGAAUAUUCAAAGAUAGCAUUGAGUUACAAUUAUCUUAAAAGUGAUGAGCUCAAGAAAACUCUGCUAAUUUGCAGCCUAAUGGUAAAUAAUACUACCAUUUCAGACUUGUUUAAACUCAUUAUGGGUUUAGAUAUAUUGGAAGGAGUUAAUCUUACUAUGGAACAAGCGCGAAAUAAGCUGGAAAGUCUUAUCUGUGAACUCAAGGAAUCUUGUUUGUUGCUUGAUGAUUUAACCAAUGAAAAGUUUUCCAUGCAUGAUGUUGUUCGUUCAGUUGUCAUAACAAUUGCAUAUAAAGAUCAUUAUGUAUUUACAGAGCGAAAUGAUGUGCUGAGGGAAUGGUCAAAUAAAGAACAACUGAAAAAAUGCACUAAAAUCUCACUUGUUGAUUGUAAUAUGAUUAGUGAGAUUUGGUCUCAAGGUUUAGAUUAUCCAAAACUUGAAUUUUUCAAUAUGAGGAUGAAAAGUUCUUUUGAAAUCCCUGAAGAUUUUUUUGUGGGGAUGGGAAACCUCAAUGUUCUAAGUUUCUUUCACCUAGAUGUAUUGUCCUUGCCAACAUCUCUUGGUCUUCUCACAAAUCUUCAAACAUUAUGUUUGGAUUAUGGGACAUUUUCAGAUCUAAUAAUCAUUGGAGAGUUGAGCAAACUAAAGAUUCUUAGCUUGCGAUGUUGUGAGAUUAAGCAGUUGCCUAAAGAAAUAAGUAAAUUGACUCAAUUGAGAUUAUUAGAUUUAAGUUAUUGUCGAAAAUUAGAAGUUAUAGUACCAAAUGUUAUAUCAAGCUUAUCCCGAUUGGAAGAAUUGUAUAUGAGGAGAUGCCCUAUUUUGUGGAAGGUUGAAGUACUUAAGGAGUUGAAGUAUUUGUCUCAACUGACAACUUUAGAAAUAGAUAUUUCAGAUGAUCAAAUUUUACCAAAAGACUUCUUCUCCAAAAAGUUGGAAAGAUACAAUGUAUCAAUUGGAAAUAGGGCUAUUGAUUUUGGUGGGCCCGUCAUAAAUGGUGAUCAUGGGAAGCACAUGUUUUUUGAAAGCUAUUGGAUAAAUAAGUUUGUCGCUUUAAGAACACUGAAAGUGAAUCUUGAUUCUAUCAUCUGGCAAGAGGAAUUGCAAUGCUUCUCGAAUGUUGAAUUCUUAUGCUUAGAAAAAUUGCAAGGUGUCAAGAAUGAUCUCUCUGAAUUAGACAAUAAGGAAUUUGUUGAGAUGAAUUUGGAAAGACUGAUUGUGGAUGGCUGUCAAAAACAAAAAUUUGUAUUUCCAUCAUCAAUAAUCAAAAGCUUUAAGCAGCUUCAACACCUUGAGAUACGUCGUUGUAAGGAAUUAAAGGAGAUUGUUGUCAAAGAAGAAACAGAGGGUACUACUACAUUUAUCUUUCCAAGGUUAGCCUUUUUGAAACUUGAAAAAUUGCCAGAGCUUACAACUUUAUGCCAUGGAAAGCACAACUUAAAUUGGCCAAUGUUAACGAAGUUGGAGGUUAACCCCAAUUUGGAGAAAUUAACCCUAAGCAGAGCGGAUGACUUGAUAAAAUUGCUGCAUCAGUUUCCAGAAAACUUUUGUAGAUGUACAAUUGAGAUCAAACAGGAUAAAUCUGCCAAUAUUUCGGUUGGCAUCCUUCAGAGAUCGGUUAAGCUAGAAAAACUCGAACUCUAUAAAUGCUCAUAUGAGGAGAUAUUUACAUGUGGAAAGGAUGAGAAACAUACAAAGAUCUCGAUACUCAUAAAAGCUUUGAAGUUGAGUUAUCUUUCUGACGCAAAGUACCUUUGGGGAAAAGGCUCCAAACUAGACUCUGUGCUUCAAAAUCUUGAGGUUCUAGAAGUAUAUGGUUGUGAUAGAAUGAUAAAUGUUCUGCCAUCCUCAGCAUCUUUUGAGAAUCUAACAGUUCUGAACGUAUGUUGGUGUUAUGGAUUGAUCAACUUACUCACACCUUCAAUGGCAAAAAUAUUGGUCCAGUUGAGAGAAAUGAAAAUUGGAAGUUGCAGAAUGAUGACAGAAAUAGUAUCAAAUAAGACAGAAGAUGUAGCAGCAGAAGAUGAAAUUGUUUUUGGCAAACUGAAGUUGUUGUCACUUCACUACUUACGAAGUCUCAUAUGCUUCUACUCUGGGAAUUGUGCAUUGAAAUUCCCGUCUUUGGAAGAACUGACUGUAGAUGGUUGUCCUAUGAUGAAGACUUUCUCUGUAGGAAACUUAAACACACCAAGUUUACAGAAAGUUCAACAUAAUAGGUGGGAUGAAAACAUAUUGGACUGUGAGAGUGACCUAAAUGCAAUUAUACAACGACUGCGUGCAGAAGAGGCCAACUCCAAUUCAGAGGAAUUGACACUAAGUGGAAAAGACGUCACACUUCUAUGGCAAAACCAGCUUCCAGAGCAUCAGUUUUCCAAAGUGAAAAUUCUUGAGAUCAUUAAGGAUGAAUCAUCUAAUAUUCCAAUUGGAAUCCUUCAGAGAUUUAACAAUCUCAAAAAACUUGUACUAACAUCAAGUUCAUAUGAAGAGAUAUUCUCAUGUGAAAAAGACGAGAAAGAUGUAAACAUGCUCACACAAAUAAGGAAACUAGAGCUAUGGGGCCUUUUCAAUUUGGAGUACAUGUGGAAAGAAAAAUCUCAUCUGGACUCAAUUCGUCAAAAUCUUGAAAUGCUACAUGUAAAGUUUUGCCACAAUUUGAUUAGUAUAGUGCCGUCUUCAGUAACUUUUGAAAAUCUCAAAACUCUAGAAGUACAGUACUGCGAUGGAUUGAUAAACUUAGUAUCAUCUUCAACAGCCAAAAGUCUAGUGCGACUUGAAGAACUGACAUUGUCACAUUGUAAAAUGAUGGCAGAAGUGGUAUCAAGUGAGGGGGGUACAAAAGUUGAGGAAAUUGUUUUUGACAAAUUAAAAAUAUUCAGAGUUCUGGAAGGAUACAGAGCAAACUUCAAUGAAAUCUCUGGAAUAGAGCUCUUUUGUUUGUGCAAUUCUGGAAUCAUCCUUUCUGUCGCAAAGCUCUCUCCUGGCCACGCAGUUUAUCAUUUCUUGGCAAGCUAUCAAAAUGGGAAGUUUGUGCUUGCAUACUGCAAGUUUCCUUGCGUUGAUUUAUUGGAACUUGCAAAGGCAUUUCUUUGUUCUGCUCCAGAAUAUAUUGUGGAUCCUCUGCUUCCUUGGUUCCCUGUAGUGUCCUGUCUUUACAGAACCAACCUCUGCAAUUGCUUACCUGCUAUGCUUGUCAUGGGAUUACGUCUGCUCAGCUCAAAGUUCAUGCUUCCUGGUUUCCACUGCAAUAGUAUCCUGCCUUCCUUCUACUGCAGUCUGUUCCAGAUUUCAUUCUUCUCCGGUGCUCCAGUCUGCAUGACUGAAUUUAUUCUUCUACUGCCUUCCCUCUACUGCUUGCUGGGUUCUACUAUGGAGAUUUAUUUUUGCUGUGUUCCUCUUGUGCUGUUUUUUCUGGAGCUGAAAUCGGCACAACAAAGCUGUCUGUGCAGUUCUCGGAAGAAGCAAGCACUACCAGUGCAACAAUUAGAUAGAAGCAGGCCUUGCUCUGCAGAUUUUCAGUUAGAAGCAGUUCUUGCCCGGGCCAUUCCAGAAUUUUUCCAGGUGCAGAAGUCGGGCAAAAGCUGA